CCGAAUUCUUGGAUACGCUGCGCAGUCUCAGCCCAUGCCCCAGCAUCAGAAAAGUGCGUGUGCAAGCAGAACCAAUUCCAUAGUCCACAAAAGCAGGAUGUGUACCUGAGGAAAAGAGAACAUUUGCAGUGCAGUCGGACAAACCUGGAGCUCGGAGAACACGUUGUAAAGGCCUUUUCGUCAACUUAUACUCAACACACGGUCAUCUCCGAACCGGGCCAAAAUGAUGUGCUUUAAGUUUGUCAGCUGUAGGCAUGUUGUCCUCAAAGUUUUCCUCAUACAGUUUCUUGCUUCCUUGCAAACUUUUGCUGCGCCCUCACCAAUCAUAAAGUUUCCAGGCGAUGAUACUUCUUUCACAGAGAAAGAAGUGGCUCUGCACUACUUAAAUAAGUUCUAUGGCUGCCCAAAAGACCGGUGUAAUCUGAUGGUGUUGAAGGACACACUGAAGAAGAUGCAGAAGUUUUUUGCUUUACCUGAGACAGGAGAGAUUGACCAGAAGACAGUAGAGAUCAUGAAGAAACCCCGAUGUGGAGUUCCUGAUGUGGCCAAUUACAAUUUCUUUCACAGGAAGCCCAAGUGGGGACAGAAGAACGUUACCUACAGGAUCUUAGGGCACACCCCAGAUCUGGAUGAAGAAACAGUUGAUGAUGCUUUCUAUCGUGCAUUUAAAGUCUGGAGUGAUGUCACACCUCUGAAAUUCACCAGGAUAAUGGUCGGGGAAGCUGACAUCAUGAUUAACUUUGGCCGAAAUGAACAUGGUGAUGGUUACCCGUUUGAUGGGAAGGAUGGUCUUCUGGCUCAUGCCUUCGCUCCUGGAGCUGGUAUUGGGGGAGACUCUCACUUCGAUGAUGAUGAGCUCUGGACAUUGGGAGAGGGACAAGUGGUGAAGGUGAAGUAUGGUACUGCAGAGGGAGAGUUCUGUAAGUUUCCAUUCUUGUUCAUGGGUAAAGAGUACACCAGCUGCACCUCUCAGGGUCGAGAUGAUGGGUUCCUUUGGUGCUCCACCACAUACAACUUUGAUGAAGAUGGAAAGUAUGGCUUCUGUCCUCAUGAACUCCUGUUUACAUUGGGUGGAAAUGCAGAUGGAGCUCCUUGUAAGUUCCCCUUCACAUUCCAGGGGAAAAAAUAUGAUAGUUGCACCACCUCAGGCCGGGAUGAUGGGUACCGUUGGUGUGCCACUACCGAAGAUUACGACCGCGACAAGAGUUAUGGAUUCUGUCCUGAGACAGCCAUGUCAACAGUCGGAGGAAAUUCAGAAGGGGCACCCUGCGUCUUCCCUUUUAAAUUUCUUGGCAAUACUUACGACUCCUGCACCACGUCCGGACGCAGUGAUGGCAAAAUGUGGUGUGCCGUCACCAAAAGCUUUGAUGACGACCGCAAGUGGGGGUUUUGUCCUGACCAAGGCUACAGUUUAUUCCUAGUGGCGGCCCAUGAGUUCGGCCAUGCCCUAGGUUUGGAGCACUCUGAAGACCCUGGAGCUCUCAUGGCACCCAUCUACACAUUCACUAAAACCUUGAAGUUGUCUGCUGAUGAUGUUAAAGGCAUCCAGGAGCUCUAUGGUGUACCAACAGACAAACCACUACCCACUGAACUCCCACCGGUCACACCAAUGGAUGUAUGCAAUGAAAACAUCAUAUUUGAUGCUGUAGCCCAGAUCAGAGGAGAGACCUUCUUCUUCAAGGACAGAUUCCUCUUCAGGACUGCUGACGUCAAGAGGAAGCCAACAGGCCCCAUGCUGGUGGCUACAUUCUGGAGUGAACUUCCGGAGAAGAUUGAUGCAGCUUAUGAGAAUCCUCUAGAGGAGAAGACGGUCUUCUUUGCAGGUGAUGAGAUGUGGGUAUAUUCUGCCAGUACUCUGGAGAGAGAUUAUCCCAAGAAGAUCUCCAGCAUGGGUCUUCCUUCAGAUUUGCAUCGAAUUGAUUCUGCCUACUCCUUCCACAAGAACAAGAAGACUUACAUAUUUGCUGGAAACAAGUUCUGGAGAUACAAUGAAGCCAAGAAAAAGAUGGAUCCAGACUUCCCUAAACUUAUUGCAGACUUUUGGAGUGCUAUCCCUGAUGACCUAGAUGCUGCUUUCAGUCUUAAUAGUGAUGGUAACAGCUACUUCUUCAAAGACUCCUACUAUCUCAAAAUGGAUGACAGCACUCUGAACAUUGUUAAAGUUGGGGAGAUCAAAAAGGACUGGCUACGUUGCUGAAGAUCAGCAGAACAUUCAGCCCUGGCACUUUUUGAUGACCUUCAUCAUAAGAUAAACAAGGGCAGCAUUACCUUGCCAAAUGACAGCACUCAAAUUUACCAUGCUGCCCCUCCUGGUUAGUCAGAGCCUAUUAGAUUAUAACCUAUCCUUGGCUAACCAGAAAGGCCUGGUAGCCUUCACUGCCUGGACCAUCUCCGUAUGCCAAACAUAGGCAGAAAAGAUUGUAAUGUUUGUUGUUUUGUCAUUGCGUGAUAUCUUCUGUUCAUUUUUAAUUAUGAAAGAGUUAAGCUCCUACCCCUUAAUAUAGUCUACAUGUAUAUCAUCAGAUUUAAAAGGACUUAUGACAUUUCCCAGUUACAUAUUUCCAGUUACAUAUAAAUGUGGUGCCAGUGAGAUGUAUCUCCUUUUUUAUACAUUUGCACAGAAUAAAUUCAUCCAGGCGGUAUGUAAAAGCACAACUUUUCCUAGUCGUGAUAUGCAAAUAUGAAAGACUUCAUUCAGGUUUUAUUUUGUAGUAAGUACUAUCCAAUACAAAAAAUUACUGCCUUUAAUAAAAGGACACAUUUUAUACAUGAUAAUUGUGUAAAAAGAAAGGCCAAACAACUGUCAAAGCAUAUCUUUUUUUUUUUUUUGGUCUUGUUUCUUUCGUCUCACGGUACAGAGAGAUUCAUGGCACGGGUUGCCUGAAGACUGUAUAAGGUUUGUUGCAUGAUGGACUCAUGUCAAGCAAAUAUCAUGAAUUUACUGAAUAGUAAUCAUUUGUACCCCUUUUUUUCCUUUUUUUGUAGUUUUUUUAAUUGACAUGCAAUCUGUUUAUAUUUGUAAUGUUUUAUUUUUAUUAUUUUCUAUUUUGCUUUGUGCACUUUGUCACUACGUCUCAAAAUGAAUAUUAACUAUCCUUUA